CUGCCCGUUCUGUCUUUCCCUUUGUCUUGUGCAGAGACGAGGAGAGCGUGCGGGAGUGGGAGAGGCUACCUGGGUUUCUGGGCCAGGCAGGGGAGUUGGGAUAAAGAGCGCGUUUCAUUUCCUUCCACCUCUUCUUGGGUGCUGACCUCCAAAGGAGCCAUGAAGGCCUUGCAUCUCCUUCUUCUCCUGCCCUGUGCCUACCUGGCCUCCCUUUGCAGCGCUGAGGGGGGCCUGGAGUUCCCCAGCUUUGACGGCAAGGACCGGGUGAUCGACAUCAGUGAGAAGAACUACAAGAAGGCGCUGAAAAAAUACGACAUGCUGUGCCUGCUCUACCACGAGCCUCUCGGCACAGACAAGGAGCUCCAGAAACAGCACCAAAUGAACGAGCUUGUUCUGGAGCUGACUGCACAGGUGCUGGAGGAUCGGGACAUUGGGUUUGGAAUGGUCGACUCCCACAAGGAUGCCAAAGUGGCCAAAAAGUUGGGUCUGGAGGAGGAGGGCAGCAUAUAUGUCUUCAAGGAUGAGCGGGUUAUCGAGUUUGAUGGCGAGUUUGCUGCAGACACCCUGGUGGAGUUCCUGUUGGAUCUGCUUGAAGAUCCUGUGGAACACAUCAGUAACUCCAUUGAGCUGCGAGCCUUCGACAACAUGGAGGAGGACAUCAGACUCAUCGGCUACUUCAAGAAUAUGGAAUCGGAACACUUCAUCGCCUUCCAGGAAGCGGCUGAACAUUUCCAGCCCUACAUCAAGUUUUUUGCCACCUUUGAGAAAGCAGUGGCCAAGCAGCUGACCCUGAAGAUGAAUGAAGUUGACUUCUAUGAACCCUUCAUGGAAGAGCCUGUGACCAUUCCUGGCAAACCGCUCUCAGAGGAGGCAAUUGUGGACUAUGUUAAUAAACAUAGAAGGCCAACACUGAGAAAGCUGCGUGCUGAAGACAUGUUUGAGACCUGGGAAGACGAUAUGGACGGGAUUCACAUCGUGGCCUUUGCAGAAGAGGAGGACCCAGAUGGUUAUGAGUUCUUUGAAAUCCUGAAGGAAGUGGCCAGAGACAACACCAACAACCCUGACUUGAGCAUCGUUUGGAUCGACCCAGAUGAUUUCCCCCUGCUGAUUACCUACUGGGAGAAAACCUUCAAGGUGGAUCUCUUCAAACCUCAGAUUGGGGUGGUCAAUGUCACAGACGCUGACAGCAUAUGGCUGGAAAUGCCCGAUGAUGAAGAUCUGCCAACUGCUGAGGAGCUGGAGGACUGGAUUGAGGAUGUGCUCUCUGGAAAGGUCAACACUGAAGAUGAUGAUGACGACGAGGACGAAGACGAUGACGAUGACGAAGAUGAUGACAACGAUGACGACGAUGACGAUGAAGAUAACGACGACGACGAUGACGAAGACGAUGAUGACGAGGAUUAGAUUAUACACAUCCUGGAAUUAAAGGGAUUAUUUAAGAAUUUCAUCUCAUGCUGGAUUUUGCAGUUGAGAAACAAGAUGUUCAGGAAAAAUAUACAUACAUACCUUGGAUGCUUUUCUAGAGAAUUUUGUACAUUUUGUAUGUAUCGAAAAACUUGAUCAGUAUCAAUACCAAAAUUUGAAGGUAUUUUCAUGAGGUUCCAUUAGUUAUUAUCAUUUGCUACUCACCCUUAGCCACAUACUGCCAUACACUCAUAGUACAUUCUAACACACUGUAUAGCCUUCUCUAACAGUAAUAAAUGUUCUCAUAGGUAGGUUUGACUGGCUAUUACUUAAGAUCAAUUGGUGAGAUAGCCUCCACUAAGCCGCUGUAAGUAUUUUUGUAAACUCUUCCAUUUGGUAACACUGGAUAGGUCUGCACAGCCGAGAUACUUUAUUUUUUAAACGAUGUCAAACACGGCUCGAGAAUGAAGUGCCUUACUGCAGUCAGGCGGUGGUAUUUGAGCAAAUGGCUGCAUGCUGGGGAAAUCAAGGCAGCUACUGUUUUUAUGAAGGCAGAGUCUGCGAUGAACAUUACUGCUUUCUGUUGCACGGAACUGUAUCCAGAGCAGAACAGAGAUACAUGCUAUAUACCUGUAUGAGUGAAUGACAAAAAGUGCAAG